GAACGGAUACAGCUUCUUAUCGCUCAUCACGCGAGCGGCUUUCCUGGUGCCGCGCGUAGAAACAGGGCCAGUAGUCUCCACAUAUGGUAGAUGACGGAGGCGGUGAAAGUUUCCUCGUUUGAUUCACGUCUUCCUGCCCGGUCAAAUAAGAGAGUUUAGCCAAAAGUCAGAGAGUCAGUGUCCUCGCGGUCGUGUCCAGUCCCACUCACGGUUCUUCUUGCGGGGUACGUAGUUCAACAACUCAGCCAAAAGGGAAGUAGGUCGUCACGUUUCAAUCAUGAAAACUUGUUUAGCCAUCGUUGAGCCUUUGACCGAGACGCGACACCAGGAAUUUAUCGACUUCAUUUAUCGUGAGUUCUUCCCCCGUGAGCCUCUGGCCUUGGCUUCCGGUUUGGCGGGCAAAACCAACCCGAAAACAAUCGAAACUUUUGUCCAGUGGAUGGGCCAGGGCGUCUCCCUGGUCGCCAUCGACCCGGAAUCCGAUCGGAUUGUGGCCGGGGCUCUCAACUGCUUCGUGAACAAGGCCCAAGAUCUUUUCGACGUCGACUACAGUUGCAUGGAGGAGGAGGAUCGCUGCAUUUGGAAGUUUCUCGAUCAACUGGAAAUCGGCUACGACAUUUUCGAGCAGCUCAAAGUCGACCGCGGGAUGGAACUGGUUUUCCUCUGCGUCCAGGCCACCCACACCGGCCAGGGAUUGGCCCGUCGACUGACGGAAGAAACCAUUGCCGUCGCUCAUCGAAUCGGGAUGCCUUUCAUUAAAACCAAUCCCUCAACUCCCGUGACUUGCCAUCUUUUCGAAUCGCUCGGCUUCGAAACGAUUAGCGAGAUGAAGUUGGUCGAUUUCCUACUGGAUAACAAGCCAGCCUUCAGUCACGCCCAACCGGACGACAUCACUCGACUGUGCGUCAAGCAAAUGCGAAAUUAACGAUUUCAGCGCCAAACUCAAAAGAGACUUGAAGAGCUUUUCGCAAUUUUAGUGCCAAAAUAUAAACGUUGCAUAAUUCUCCCACGCUGUACAAAAUGUUUUUCCAAUUACGACACGCAAGGUGUUGGGAGAGAGAAACGAAUAAACGAAAUUGGAAGAACAAAA